CCCUGGCGGAAAUCCGUUUUGUAAACAGCUGUUUUUCCGGCUCUGUGGCUUUUUUAGUGCAUUUUCUUCAUGCUGCGGCGAUACUUUGGAAUUGCAAUGAAAUAUAUUGACAUUGGAGCCAACCUGACGGAUCCCAUGUUCCAGGGCUGCUACGGCAAGUCCCAGAAGCAUGUGGCCGACCUGGACAUUGUUUUGGAACGUGCUUGGCAGCAGGGUCUGCAGAAGAUCAUCGUCACCGCCGGCUGCCUGAAGGACGUGGACGAGGCACUAGAACUGGCCUCCAAGGAUGAUCGUAUCUUCAUCACUGUCGGCACACAUCCCACCCGCUGCGAGGAAUUCGUACCAGAUCCAGAGGGCUACUACGACCAGCUUCGAUCCAAGAUCAAGGCGAACCGCGGAAAGGUGCUGGCCAUCGGGGAAUGUGGGCUGGACUACGACCGCCUGCAGUUCUGUGGACAGGAGACACAGCGUUUGUACUUUGAGAAGCAGCUGGACCUGGCGGCCGAGUUUCGAUUGCCCCUCUUCCUGCACAUGCGAAAUGCUUGCGAGGAUUUCAUGGCCAUUCUGGAACGAAAUCGGGACAAGAUCAGGGAGGGCGGAGGCGGAGUGGUGCACAGUUUCACAGGCACUCUAGAGGAGGCCCAGCGCAUCCUGGCCUUUGGUGGUCUCUACCUAGGAUUGAAUGGCUGCUCCUUGAAGACGGAGGAAAACGCAGAAGUGGUGCGGCAGCUGCCCAACGACAGGAUAAUGCUAGAAACGGACUGUCCUUGGUGCGGCAUUCGCCCUACGCAUGCAGGACAUAAGCAUGUAACCACCAAGUUUGCCACCGUCAAAAAGAAAGAGAAAUGGACGUCCGAAUCCUUGAUAGACGGACGUUGUGAGCCCUGCCAGAUCAGCCAAGUUUUGGAGGCCAUAGCUGGAAUUAAAGGCGAGCCCAAGGAAAACCUGGCAGAGCUUUACUACCAAAACACCAUAGAUUUGUUCUUUAGCCAAGCAGAGAAAAGCGAUUAAAACUCCUUGCAUUUA